AAGAUGAGUUUAUAACGGGGAGCAGAACAGAGGAGUUUGUCCUUCGGGACAUCCGAUAAAAUUGGAACGAUACAGAGAAGAUUAGCAUGGCCCCUGCGCAAGGAUGACACGCAUAAAUCGAGAAAUGGUCCAAAUUUUUUUUUUUCCUUCAAAAUCAAUCAAGGUAUGGUUCUGGGUUUUGUUUUCUCGAUCAAAAUUUUCGGUGUUUUGAGAGGUUUGUGUCCAAUUUUGAGCCCUGAUGGCACCGCGACUGGCUGCAACUCUUCGUUGAUCCGAAUUCGUGGCAAGCAUAGUGCUUGUUUGAUGAAAUGGCCUUUGUUUCCUGGUGAAAGUGGAGUUGAUCAACUAGUUGAGAUCAUCAAGGUUUUGGGAACUCAAACCAGGGAGGUGAUAAAGUGCAUGAAUCCAAAUUAUUCUGAAUUCAAGUUCUCACAGAUAAAGCCACAUCCAUGGCACAAGGAAUGUCUCUUUCCCUUUCCUUAUUCAUAGCAUGUUCACAAUGUCAUCAGUUAUUUUCAUUUCUUGGUACUUUUUUGAGUGGUAUGUGUAAGUUGCACAGUUGUUAGAGGAUGCUUGAGUGAUUAAAGUGUUAAGAUCACACAUAAUAUAUUGGGACUGCCGGACUAGACAUUUUGUAUGAGCAAUAUCCCACGUGUAUAAUAAGUGCGUAGGAAAAAUUUACUGUUAGAACAGUUCUGGAAGGUGCAAUGUAGGAAAAGAAGAAAGUAUAUAGUGUGAUGAUGGGUUGAGAAUGUUAAGAAGUCCAGGAGGUUGCAUAAAUGCAUAAUGGGGCCUUGGCCAUUGGCAUGGGGAGAGAAGCAGUUAGAAUAUAUUUUGUGGGUCAUAACAUUUAACUUCAAAGGUUGAAUCAGCUUUGGGUAGGGCAAGGCUUGCGGUAGCUAGUCUAGAAGCCGGGAAUCUUAUGGGUUGUUCUCCUGGAAGAAAUUUGAUGAUUAAUUUAAGAUAGCGUUUGAUUUCUUCGGAUGCUCAUGUUAACCCAUACAUAUUUAAAAAAAUCUGCGUCAUUAAUUGAAAAAUGAGUCUUUUCCCCUUAUUUUCUUUCACGGAGUCC